AGGGUGAGAGAGUUGGAAAAGUUUUGCGGAGGAAUGCGAGUUUGUCUGAAGGGGGAUGAAGACGUCCUGAUGGGAGACUUUUGGAGGCAUAAGGAAAUUCUGACAUAAAAUUACGCGUCGUGAUUCCAAAAACUGCACAUUUGUGUGAACAUCUGGAGCGAUUUAAAGUUUUUACUUCAGGUAUCUUGAAAAUAAACAACAAAAGCGAUUAAGAAAUCCUCAAAAGAAGAAACAAUGCACUGUUUACUUUGCAUCUCCGACGCUGAAUUAUAGCUAUCAACUUUUGGUUGAGAACUUGACAAAUUCAGUAUAACAUCACGCUGUGUUUUUCUCGAACCUGGAUUCUCUGGAUUUGUUUUUCUUGGAGUUUAUUUAACUGUGGAAAGUUAAAGCUCUACUCUCUUAAACGCUACAGCGAUGAGAUGACGCGAUCUAUGUUCACAGGCACUUACUCACACAAGACACCGAUGCCGAACUGCUGCGGACCGAAACCAGACAUAACAAUGUCUGGACUUCAUUUGUUAACUUUGUCGCUCAUAGUGAUUAACAUUGGCUCCGCGGAAAAUGCGCCAGGACUUUACUUUGUGGAGAGCCCAAUGAAUGUGACCUCCUCUCUUGGGAAGCCAGUUGGGCUUCAGUGUACCCUGCGGGCGGAGAGCAUUGACCAGGGGCCCCUGGAUGUGCUCUGGCUCAGGAAUGGACAGCCGCUGGAGUUUGGUGACACCAACCAGAUGCAGGUGCCUGACGAUGACAACAACUGGCUGGUUAUCAGUAAACUCAGGAUUGAUGAGGUACAGCUCUCAGACAUGGGUACCUAUCAAUGUGCUGCUUAUUCUGUUUUAGAAGAUUCAUUAUCUAUUGAGGGACAUAUCCAACUAGAAGGUCUUCCCUAUUUUUCAGUGGAGCCUCAGCAUAUGUCAGUAGUGGCAAAUGUUAGGAUGAGUUUGCAGUGCACUGCUCAUGGUCCUCCUGAACCGGUUUGGGUCAUUUGGCUGCAGGAUGGGGCUCCUCUCAAUAAACUGGAUGACCCAAUAUCCCUCUCGCCUUCAACAUUCACGAUCUCAGGCCUAAAUAAAACCACCUCUUUCUCCUGUGAGGCUCACAAUCGUAAAGGGGUUGCAUCAUCUGGCACAGGAGUUGUGACAGUUCUUCCUGCCCAACCUCAUGACAUAAAAGCUGAAGAGAUCACUAAUUCAAGUAUCCAUCUAUCUUGGAAGACGGGCUUUGGAGGAAUCUAUCCCAUCAGCCUCUGCACUGUUCAGGUUAAGUCUUCUGAUGAAGACUCAGAUGAAAUGAUCUAUGAUGUCAGCUCACCAAAGACCAGUCAACUGUUUUCAGAUCUACAACCUUUUAGCCAAUAUGAUUUUAGAGUGGCCUGCCAGAGCAGUCAGGGUGACUCUGAUUGGACGGUAUGGGAAACCAUCAGUACCAAUGAAGGGGUACCAGAUUCAACUCCAGAGAAUGUGACAGCUGUGGUGAAUGGAACAGAGGUUCAAUUGAGAUGGUCUGAACCUUCUGGAAAAAUGAAUGGCCAACUGCAGGGUUAUAUGAUGGAGUACAUCUCACCCAAUAUGGAACAGGUUGUAGUAGACACGGGUUUGAACAAUGAACUGUUUGUAAAUCUCUCAGCCCCCCUAUCAAACAUUUCCUUCAGAGUAUGUGCAUACACCACUGUGGGGCAGGGACCCUGGACGCCCCUUCAAACCAUCACGCUCAUUCCCGCAGAAACGCCACUUCACUCAAGAGACCUUUCCAGUUCUACUGCUUUCUCCUGGCAUUGGUGGUACGUGGUGAUGGCCAUUGCCGCCGCUAUUGCUCUAGCUGUGCUCUUGGCUGUGUAUGUGACAAAGCUAAGGCGAAAGGAGACGCGUUUUGGUGAGGCAUUUGAACCCAUGAUGGAAAGUGGUGAACUGGUUGUUCGAUAUCGAGCUCGUCGCACAUACAGCCGACGCACAACUGAAGCCACAUUAAACACUCUGGGGAUCAGCGAUGAACUCAAACAAAAGCUUCAGGAUGUGAUGGUGGACAGACAUAAACUAAUGCUGGGAAAAACACUGGGAGAAGGUGAGUUUGGCUCUGUUAUGGAGGGAUUACUAACUCAGGAAGAUUCAGUCCUGAAAGUGGCUGUGAAGACCAUGAAAAUUGCUAUCUGUACACGCACUGAAAUGGAGGACUUUCUGAGAGAGGCAGCGUGCAUGAAAGAAUUUGACCAUCAGAACGUCAUGAGACUUCUGGGUGUGUGUCUGCAGACAGUGGAGAGUGAAGGAUACCCAUCUCCUGUGGUAAUACUUCCCUACAUGAAGCACGGAGAUCUGCACAGCUACCUGCUCUACUCUAGACUUGGCGACUCACCUGUGUUUCUGCCUUCUCAGAUGCUGGUGAAGUUUAUGACAGAUAUCGCCAGAGGUAUGGAGUACCUAAGUGCCAAAAAGUUCAUUCACAGAGACCUGGCAGCUCGAAACUGCAUGUUAAAUGAGAACAUGAACGUCUGUGUAGCUGACUUUGGCCUGUCUAAGAAGAUCUACAAUGGAGAUUACUACAGGCAGGGAAGAAUCUCUAAAAUGCCUGUCAAGUGGAUUGCCAUUGAGAGCCUGGCAGAUAGAGUGUACACCACCAAGAGUGACGUGUGGUCGUUUGGAGUGACGAUGUGGGAGAUAGCCACUCGUGGUCAGACGCCUUAUCCGGGAGUGGAAAAUAGUGAAAUCUAUGAUUAUCUGAGGCAGGGUAACCGACUCAAACAACCUCCAGACUGUCUUGACAGCAUCUAUUCCCUCAUGUUCUCUUGCUGGUUACUAAGCCCGAAGGACAGGCCAAGCUUUGAGAUCUUGCACUGUGAGCUUGAAAAGGUCCUGGAAGAUCUGCCAAGCCAAGAUCCAGAUGAGAUACUCUACGUCAACAUGGAGGAGUCAACUGGAGAGCUGGGAGCAGUGGGGGGACGUGACCCCAUAACGGGGGUUCAAUGUGUACUGGGGCCACUUAAGGGUUCAGGUUCAGUGGCCACUGUUGAAGUGCACCACCCUAAUCGAUAUGUGAUCUGCCCUCAGCAUGAAAACCAGCGUCCUCUCAACACAGACUCCAUGGAGAGUCUAAACCUGAUGGCUUCCACCCCAGCACUCCAGCCCUCUUCUUGUUCCACUCCAGUGCCGCCCUCUGAAAAUCAGUUUCAAGAGGAGAGAGACAGCCCAAUGGUCAAGAAAGUACCAUGGCAGUGACCAUACUACAGUGGCUAAAACAGGCAUACUGUGUCUUUGAUAAUAAAGAUUCCAAACACUCCAGACAUUUAGUGUUUAAACGAAUAGUUCGAAAAAAAAUGUUGUACCCAUUUCAUAUACUGUUAUUUUGUUCAGUGGAACUAGCACAAAAAACAUUUUUAAGAAAUGUUCAGGUUGGGAUAGAUAGCUUUUUCUACUUAAGAAUAAACUUAUAUGUUCAAACUGUUUAGACAGAAAUAACAUUUUUGGUUUAUUAUUUCCCCCAGUGCUUUAGUCCCCGAUGUUUUUUAGAUAAUGAGGUGUCUAUGGACCAAGAUAAAAGUUUUAUAUCAUGUGAAGAAACCAGGAAUGAUGUGACUAAAAAAAGUCACAAAAAAAGUAAUUUGUCCAUUCACAAUAAGAACAAAAUGCAGUCACAUUAAUGGUACCUAAAAUUACACAGCUUGUUUAAGUUAGGUGAGCUAUUUCGUUAAGAGGGCAGAUAUUUGAUUUGAAAUAAAAUUUUGAUUACUUUGUUUUUCAUGUGGGUACCAGAAUAUCUUAGAUGUUUAAGGGUGGUUAGUUUUUAUUUGGCCCAGUCACGUGUUGUUGGCAUAGUUGUGGAUCAGAAACAAUGUAGAACACCAUAGCUACUGCAUAGAAUCAGCUGCGUAAAUGGAAAUAUAACCUCAGCUGUUCCUGCCACAUUUGGAGCUGGAUAGAACAGAAAAGCACGUAUGAUUCCAGCUAAUUCAAGUGUAGUACUUGCUGGCAUAUUGCGUCACACCUGGUUAGAUUAUUAGAUACCUAUUCUAUUCCAGAAAAUUUCAGAUACUUGUUAAAACUAGAUCAAAUCGGGCGUGUGUUCCCCAAAACAGUGUUAGCCAACUAUGAUCGCAAGUUCCGUCGUUCCAGCAUAGUUCGACGAUUUAAGUGUUUCCAAAAUCCAUCAUUCCACAAUCAAUUGCAAGCAGGAAACUGCAUCGCAAAGUUGCGUGGUUGGAACUACUGGUUAGAGCUGUAGUUAGAAGCAUCAUUCCUUAUUAUUUUGACAACUAGACUUACAUGCAUCAAGCUUUUUAUCAAAGUAAGCAAGCAACAUGCAGUGCAUUACAUAUCCAUCACUUGAAAUAUAUAUAAAUUUAAUUUGACAUCUUUACGUUUUUCAAGGAAAUGGAAGUGCUAAAUAAAAAAUAAAAAAAUACGAUCUGCGUGCGCUAGGAACCUGGGGAAUCCAUGGGCGGAAUAACGAAGAAAUUAAAAAUCGUGAAAUGAAAAAAAAAUGCACCCCAGGCCCCUUAUAUAAAGCUAAAUUACAUCUUGUUUGCUGCUGGUAUUGAUCGUGCAGUAUAUCUAUGGUGAACAGUGAACUCAGGAGAUCAUUUCAUUUAUGUUGACAAAUGAAAGACGGUCAGUAUGCAAACUGGCUAAUCACUUUUUCACUUUCAAUAAGGACUGUGGAAAGAUUAACAUGCAUGCAUUUUUUUAGUGCAUUCCCUGCAGAGAUUUUGUCUCUCUCUUUCUGUUUAAGUUUAUGUCUCCCUCUGACCACUAUCUUCUUCCAAAGAAACGCUAAAGAAGGAUGGCAGUUACAGUAUUUUCAACAGCAGCCAAACAAAUCAAACCAGAUGAUCAGUGAUUAAAUUGAAUAAAUUUGUUGAGUUGUAGAUUUACAGAUACAUUCUAGCUAACCUGCAGAUGUACACAUACAUUUUUUAACUCUGGCUUUCUGAAUCAACAGGGUUGAUACAUAUGUGAGUUUUUUUACACUGAUUUGUGACCAAUUUUACGUUUCCCGAAGUUGCUUUUUUGCUGACUUCGAAGAAUAGAAAAGGGGAGCAGAAUUAAUUAUUCCACACAUAUAAUACAUCAGGCCUUUUUUUCUCAGAGGCCCUGCCCCAGACUCAAGCACGCUAUUAUAUAUUUGUUCUUGUUGUUGUCUUUUUGUUUGUUCCUUGCAUUUUUGUAAAUGUGAUAUUUUGCACUAAUCAUGUUUUGUGUUUGCAUACGUGCGUGUUUAUUUUACAUUUGCUUAAUCUGGCAUUACGUUUUUAAAAGGCUUAUUGGAAAUAUUACUCCAGCAAUAUAAUGUUUAAUAAUGUUCUCUUCUAAGAAACCAUUUUGAAUAUGUUUUGAUCCAUCAAAUUACUCUUCAAAAUUACUCUUUUUUUUUUUUUUUAAACAAUGAACGAAACCAAUUAAUGAAAGGUACUGUAUAGUAAGGCAGUGGUUCUCAGACUUUUUCGCUGUAAAGCGAAAUCCCUUUGUUUAGGUUGCAUCGCUUGAGGCCACCCCAAAAAGGACUUGUAAUUUAAUCUUAAAUAGAAUUUUUAUUAAAUUAAAAACAUAUACAAUAAAAAAUGCUCAAACAUCAA